GGGAGCGCCCCGAGCCCGGGCGGCGCCGGGACCCCGAGGGGGUAGAGGGAGCGGCGGGGGGGGGCAGCGCGCGCGCGGCCGUGCGCGUCCCCGCGGCCGUGCCCGCGCUCGCGACGGGAGCGCGCCUCCCCCGCCCCUCCGCUGCUGCGCGCCCUCAGGCAGGCAGGAGGCAGGGAGCCGGGAGGGCGGCGGCGGGAUGGAGCUGUUCCAAGCCCAGGACCACUACAUCCUGCAGAGCGGGGAGCGGGCGCUCUGGUGCAGCCGCAGGGACGGCGGCCUGCAGCUGAGGGCCGCUACUGAUCUUCUUUUGGCUUGGAACCCCAUUUGUCUGGGCCUGGUGGAGGGAGUCAUCGGUAAAGUUCAGCUUCAUACGGAUUUGCCAUGGUGGCUGCUUCUAAUUCGUCAGAAAGCAUUGAUUGGCAAGCUCCCAGGGGACCAUGAGGUAUACAAAAUAACAAAGAUCGCAGUGAUUCCACUUUCUGAAACAGAACCUCAGGAUCUGGAAUUGGAGCUUUGUAAAAAACAUCACUUUGGGAUAAACAAGCCAGAGAAGAUUACACAGUCCCCAGAUGACUCAAAAUUUCUGCUGAAGACUCUUACUCAAAUUAAAUCAAAUGUGUCUGCUCCAAAUAAAAAGAAGAUUAAAGAAAGCAAAGAGAAAGAGAGGCUGGAGAAGAGACUAUUGGAGGAGUUGUUCAAAAUGUUCAUGGAUUCAGAUUCUUUUUACUACAGCCUUACCUAUGACCUAACAAAUUCUGUGCAGAGACAGAGUGCGUGUAAGAAACCUGACUUGUCACUGUGGCGAAAAGUUGAUGACAGAUUCUUUUGGAACAAGCACAUGAUUGAAGAUCUCAUAAUCACUGAUAAUACUGAAGUGGACUUCUGGAUUAUACCCAUCAUACAAGGAUUUGUGCAAAUUGAAGAACUUGUAGUAAACUAUAGUGAGUCUUCCGAUGAUGAGAAGAGCAGUCCUGAAACUCCCCCUCAGGAAUCAACUUGUGUAGAUGACAUUCACCCAACAUUUCUGGUGGCGCUUAUUUCACGGAGGAGUCGGCACAGAGCUGGAAUGCGGUACAAGCGACGAGGUGUUGAUAAAAAUGGAAACGUGGCAAAUUAUGUUGAGACAGAACAACUGAUUCAUGUUCAUAACCACACUCUUUCUUUUGUACAAACAAGAGGCUCUGUGCCUGUCUUCUGGAGCCAAGUUGGAUAUAGAUACAACCCACGGCCCCGACUGGACAAGAGUGAAAAUGAAACAGUGUCCUGUUUUCGUGCACAUUUUGAAGAACAGCUGAAAAAUUACAAAAAGCAGGUCAUUAUUAAUUUGGUGGAUCAGACGGGCAGAGAGAAGAUUAUUGGAGAUGCUUACCUUAAACAAGUUCUUCUGUACAACAAUGCAAAUUUGACUUAUGUUUCAUUUGACUUUCAUGAGCACUGCCGAGGAAUGAAGUUUGAAAAUGUUCAAACACUGACUGAUGCCAUUCAUGAUAUUAUUCUUGACAUGAAGUGGUGUUGGGUUGAUCAAGCUGGUGUGAUUUGUAAACAGGAAGGGAUCUUUCGAGUUAACUGCAUGGACUGUCUGGAUCGUACCAACGUAGUGCAGGCUGCUAUUGCAAGAGUGGUCAUGGAACAGCAGCUCAAAAAACUGGGUGUGAUGCCACCAGAACAGCCUUUGCCGGUGAAAUGCAACAGAAUCUACCAGAUAAUCUGGGCAAACAAUGGAGAUGCCAUAAGCAGGCAGUAUGCUGGCACAGCAGCCUUGAAGGGCGACUUCACAAGAACUGGUGAAAGGAAGCUGGCAGGGGUAAUGAAGGAUGGAGUCAAUUCUGCAAACAGAUAUUACCUGAAUCGUUUCAGGGAUGCUUAUAGGCAAGCAGUCAUAGAUUUGAUGCAGGGUAUCCCUGUAACGGAGGAUCUCUACUCCAUCUUCACAAAAGAGAAAGAGCAUGAAGCCCUCCACAAGGAGAACCUGAGAAGCCACCAGGAACUGGUUAGCCAGCUGUUGCAGAGCUACAUGAAACUGCUGCUGCCAGAUGAUGAAAAAUUCCACGGAGGAUGGGCACUCAUUGACUGUGACCCAAGUCUCAUUGAUGCCACUCAUAAAGAUGUGGAUGUUCUGCUGUUACUUUCUAACUCUGCCUACUACGUGGCCUAUUAUGAUGAUGAAAUUGACAAGGUGAAUCAGUACCAAAGGUUAAGCCUUGAAGCUUUGGAAAAAAUAGAAAUAGGUCCUGAGCCUACUCUCUUUGGCAAACCCAAGUUCUCGUGCAUGAGGCUGCAUUACAAAUACAAGGACACGAGUGGGUAUUUUCACACACUUAGAGCUGUGGUACGCAACCCAGAAGAAGAUGGAAAAGACACUCUUCAGUGCAUUGCAGAAAUGCUGCGAAUCACAAAGCAAGCAAUGGGAUUAGAUGUGCCCAUUAUUGAGAAAAAGCUAGAGAGGAGGAGUAGUAAACCUCAUGAAGACAUCAUUGGCAUUCGGUCUCAGAACAGAGGAUCCCUGGCCCAAGGCAAGAAUUAUUUACUGAGCAAGUUCUCGUCUCUCAACCAAAAAGUGAAACAAACUAAAUCCAACGUAAACAUCAGCAAUCUUCGGAAGUUAGGCAGCUUUACCAAACCUGAAGUAAAAGUCAAUUUUUUAAAACCAAAUUUGAAAGUUAAUCUUUGGAAAUCAGAUAGCAGCCUUGAAACUUUAGAGAACCCAGCGGUCGAUACUAAAGUUCAUGCUGAAUCUGAUACAGAAAUAUCCGAUAAUGAUUCAUUCCACUCAGAUGAUUUCCUGACCAAUUCUAAGUCUGAUGAGGACAACCAGCUAACUGACUCUCUAGAGAACAUAGGGCAGACAGAUUACGUGCUGCCUAGCUGUGGUAUCAUUGCUUCAGCUCCUCGGUUGGGUAGUCGUUCCCAGUCUAUAAGCAGCACUGACAUGAACAUCAGCAUUCACGUUCCGUCUGAGGUCCAUGUCACUCAAGCCAGCCAGUCGGACUCUGAAGACGUACCCAUACCUUCAGCUGACAACGCGGAGAUGGAGUUUGCCAAGCCCAUUGAUGUGUACUGCCAGAGGUUUGUACACGACGCCCAGAACAAGGUGUCGGAUGUCUCAGAGGUAGAGGCUUGUUCUCAAGAGCCGCAUCACAUGAUAAAUAAAACCAGCAAUAAUAUGUGUAAAAAAGCAGAAAGCAAGGCUGAAACCAUCAGAGACGUUCCUUCCAGACCAUCCAAGCUGGACGUACAGUCUUCUCAGCCAAAUCAGCUCUUAGCUGUUGAAGGGACUGACUUGACUAAAUCUCAUAGAAGCCCGGGGUCUGCAUCUGGUAUCCUUGAGACAGGACUUCACACGACUCCUUCUCCAGCUGACAGUAGCAGCAGCAGAGCUGUCUCUCCUUUUGCUAAAAUUCGCAGUUCCAUGGUCCAGGUUGCUAACAUCACGCAAGCAGGGUUGACUCAAGGGAUUAAUUUUGCUGUGGCAAAGGUUCAGAAGAGCCCUGCAGAAUCAGAAGCUAUAAAUGAAGUCAAGCAAAAAGAACUGAAAGAAAUGUUUACACAAUGCCAGACACGAAUAAUUCAAAUUUAGUUGCUAAUUUAAGUAGUGUCCUAGUUGUCUGUUAAUAGAAUACUUAAUUUUUUUAACAUCAGAGCUCAUUGUAGCAUGAACUGCUACUGAAUACUGGGAUCAAAAUAUUUAGAAACUUGUUUACAGUAAGUGUGAGAUGCAAAUGAAUUUGGUUGUGACCAAGCUUCAGAAUUCCUUUAGGCAGCUGAUACAAAAGAAGGGUAAAUCAUAUUUAAACAGGUAGUUUAGACACUGGGUUUUAAUAAGCAUGCUGUUUAUCUUAAAUUUGUUGCACAGUUAUUUUUUUUGAGACUAAUUUUGUAGCUCUUCUGACUUACGUAGAGAGUAUUUGUACUAAAAUGGUUAUACUGCACUUCUGUGACCUUACUUUCCUUGCACUGCACCAGCAAAAUAACCUACUGGUAAAUCACGUGUUAUUUAUUUUUGGACUAGUAUUUUUACUUGUUUCCAUUCACGUUUUAGAUGCAGCUUUCUAUGAAUUGUGCCUCCACAAUGGGAUCUGAUGCUGGUUUUUUUUUUUUUUUUUUUGGUAUUUAAUUAUGUUAACCAGAAAUUAAGACUUGCUGUCCUUUUCUUUCCACGCUUCCUGGGACACUUUCAGUAAAGAUACUGUGUAUUGAUACCAUCGCAAAUAUUAACAAUCCUGCAGUGCAAAUUUCGUUUGUAGAUCAGUUUUGAGGUAAUGGGAAAUGGAACACACACCCUCUGAUUGCUUCAUCUGUAUUAAAGCUGUUCUAUUCCAUUUUUUUUUCCAGUUCUGAACAGUGGCAACUUGCUCAAUUUUUUUUGCCUUGGUAUAAAGCGAGACAAGCCAGAAACCUGACCUUCAGGCACUGUGUCCCUCUGUGCUCUGAUUUCCUUAGUCUUAGUAUACGCUAACUGUCCAGAUAUGAGUCCAAGUAUCUCUUAAAACAAGGCAAGUGUACUGUUUCAUAAAGUCAGUGUUGGCAUCAGAGCAUAGUUGUCAUUAUUUAAUCAGAACCAAAUUAAUUACCGGCUCAAGCUUUGCAUACUUGCAGGAUAAGGCUAAACUUCCCCUCAUGCUGGGAAUUGGGUUAAGAAAACACUCGUGUAUGCGGCAAAAGAUGAAAUCUAAAUUAUUCUUUUCCAGAAAUGCCUUGCAAUGUCAUUCUAGUGUAGGACACUGUCUAAAAGCUACUGUAAAGCAGAAUCUUACUAUGCUGUGGUUCGUAACUCCAACCACCUUAACUCUAACCACUGUUAUAGAUCCAGUGCCUCUCUGUUCUAGUACAUGUACUGUAGAUAGGCUGCACGUGGUGUUUAAAGAAACUAGUGUCAUAUGGGUAGGCUAGUACGGUUUCUUAGGACUUCUAGUUUAUCUGAAAUCAUCAUCUAAUCCUGAUGGUCUGAAACUUUUUGAUUUAUUUAUUUGAUUCAAGUGAUGUGGGUUUGGUUUUUUUGAGUGUCUAUAUUUGUGUCUCUAUUUAAAAUUAAACUACUGCUGUAUUUUAAUGUGAACAAUAUAUAUAUGAAAUAUUUUAA